AUGGACCGCGUGUGGCCAGCACCGCUUUCAAGUCUGCGACCUACACGGGUAGUCAAUGGUAGUAGCGGCUCGAAGAGCUAUGGCUGGAAUCUGCAGAAGCAAGAAGCUAGUCCAUCUCAUUUCUUUCGCCUGCGCAAGUACCUCAAGCAGAAGCUACAGCAACGUCGAGGGAACGAAGACGGCAUUUCAUUUCGAGUACGAGCGGGUGACUUUCAUCUUUCCGUGCUGUGUCAGCGUUGGCCAAGCAUUCCCCUUCAGCCAAGGAAGUUUCGCAGUGCAACGGUUCCGGCUGGCACACUCGGAGAGAAGACGGGCAACUCGCAAAAUUAUUCGCCAGCAGCGGCUCGGCGCGAAGUUCUGUCGGCUGCUGCCAAUUCCCCGUCAACACCUGUUGACCCACCUCGGUCGUUCGAAGACCCUUCCUGUCUCGCCGAGCAGGCCGAGACGGAACUCGGAGCUGCCAGCAUAGAUUCCAGCGUUGCUGCGGAACUCUCCCAGACGCCGCUGCAAAUAAUUUCGAACUCGCCACGACCGACUGUCGCUCGCUCGCCUGUUAUAGCGAAAAUGACCGACCAACAACCUCAGCAGUUGGCACCCGAGCCACUAGCAGAGCCACGUCAAGACGUCACUUAUCCUGACCUUCCCAACGGACAUCCUACUCCGGCACUGAACGGAGAUCGCGAAGCGCCAGAGAAACCUGAGAACCCUGAGGAGGCGCCCGUUCCCUUGCAACCCACAGAAGGAAAAUCGAUUGGGACUGUGAAGUGGUUCAACUGCAAGCGCAACUUUGGCUUCAUCAAGAUAACCCACCGGGCAGAAAACUCUGAGGAUGAGCAGGACGUCGCACUGCAAGAGGAGGAUGUGUUCUUGCAUGGUUCCAGUAUCAUGAAGAAGAACCCGAAGAAGUACGGCCGCACUGUUGACGAAGGAGAGGAGGUCGAGUUUGAUUUAGUCAAGAGCACCAAGGGCCGCGAAGCAAUACAUGUGACUGGAAUCGGCGGCCAAUCUGUUCUUGGAAGUCGCUAUGAUGCAUUUAGAUUUUACCGCCGCACGAACACCCGCCGUAACUACGAGCGUUCCCGCCGCACAGAACGAAGCGCACAGUCACCACAGCAAGACCAACCGCAACAAAACGGGAACUCCGCCGCUGAGGAGGGCAACCCACAAAUGAACACCUCCUCGCAGGAGGACUCCCAGGACGAGAGCCGUAAGAAGCCAGCACGCAAGCAAGGACCAAGGCGCAAGCGCCAUCAGAAAACCAGCGAGAGUGCUAAUUCCCAGCAGCCACAGCAGCAACCACAGCAGCAGCCACAGCAGCAACCACAGCAGCAGCCACAGCAACAGCAACAGCAGCCACACGUGAAGCAGCAAGGUGGCGACUCUCGUCGACAGACCGAAGACCGACAAGGCCCACGCCCAUCAGGUGGCGUCAGAUCCCGAGGACAAAAUGCAUUCCGAGGACAAAAUGAUUAUGAUCAACCACGCCGUGGUGGAAGGGGCAGGCCCUACGGACGUGGUGGCCGUGGCGGCCAUCGCAGAGGCUACGUUGACUACUACGGACCACCAAUGCAACCCUAUAUGUACCCAAGCUAUCCGAAGUUCAACAGGAGAGGCGGAAAUAUGCGUCGGCCUUAUUACCAAGAAGCCGGCGGUAACGAGCCGUAUUUCCAGAGAAAUUCCGCAGCAUUCCCCGAGUCGGAUCAGCGAAGGCAGCAAAGACCUCGCAACCAGCCGCAGCAGCGCCGAUCGAAUGGCGGUGACCAAUCGGAGCGCGGCGUGAACAUGAACCACCAGCAGCAGCAGAAAAUGGACAUGGGCAAUGAUCACCAUGCCCCGCCAGCCCAUGGCGGCCACGGCGUUGCGCACGCCAAUGGUUCACACGUCAAGGCCAGCAACCACCUCUCUGGUCCCCCCUUCGCUUAAACAUCGUGUUCUUCCACGGCCACCAUUUUUCAAUAGCUCCUGCAUUUGCACCCACUCCCAUGCUCCAGUUUGCACAAGAAUGCGGCUGUUGGCAUCACUGUAUCGUUAUCCCGAUUUGUAGUUUUUACACACAGGCUUUUCUCAACCGGCACGCUUGCACUAUACACCAAUCCUAACCAAAGCACAUCUAUUUCUCGUGUCAUUUCGCUGACAGCUCGGCAAAAACAAAACAAAUCUCAUAUCAAGGCUACAAGCCACACCUCGCUCUUUCUUUGCUGCUACACCACAUUCUCUUUCUUAGCCUGGAGUUCAAUAGCAUUGGCAAAUUCUGUUGCGUUUCUUUUCAGUAUUCUCCCGAAAAACACAAGCCGUACCAAUGCUGCUAAUUUCCUGCACCCUGUGCUGCCAUGUUAAUCAGUCCAGCUUCUGCUAUACAAAUAUCAAUUUUCGUUAGGCGCGUAACUCUCGGCAGCACCAAAAAAUGAAAAUAAAACAAAAAAGCAGUACACAACGUGUCUCACUGUGAAUAAACACCACGAUUCGUCAGUGGA